CGUCACUCAAGUUCCAAAAUCAGCUUUGUUCAGCUAGAGAAGAUAACGUUGGCCACUACUUUUCGUCCAGAUUUUCUAUCACCCGGCGACUUCUUUAAACCACCGAGAUCGGUGCAUCUUCUCUUCCGGUGCGCCAUGGCGAAUCUCUGCGGAAUCUCCAUUUCCCGGCCGACUCACUCCCUACUUCCACCACCGCUCUCCACUUCCGGCCCGAAUUCGUCUCGCCGUCCCUUCAAGCUCCGGUGCUCAAUAACCGAGCAGCCCUCCACGAUCCCCCCUUUGAACCUCGAUGGCGAAUCGCAAUCCAAGGCGUCGCGCUCCACCACUGCCGAUUGUGUCAUCGUCGGCGGUGGGAUCAGCGGGCUCUGCAUCGCCCAGGCGCUGGCCGCCAAACACCAAGAUGUCGGUCCGAAUGUCAUCGUCACCGAGGCCAGCGGUCGCGUUGGCGGCAAUAUCAUCACCGUCGAAAGAGAUGGGUAUCUGUGGGAGGAAGGGCCGAAUAGCUUCCAGCCCUCGGAUUCAAUGCUCAACUUGGUGGUGGAUAGUGGUUUGAAAGAUGAUUUAGUGCUGGGCGAUCCUAAUGCGCCACGGUUCGUGUUGUGGGAUGGGAAAUUGAGGCCAGUGCCAUCCAAGCCGGCUGACUUCCCAGUCUUUGACCUGAUGAGUAUUGGUGGGAAACUCAGAGCUGGCUUUGGUGCCCUCGGAUUGCGGCCUCCUCCACCAGUUUGUCCUCCUGGAACUUUUGUAUUCGUUAGUUGGGUAGUCUCAUUGCUGUUCUGCAACUGUUUCUCGUCAUAAUGUUGGUCUUUUGACAAAGGUGACAGGGGCGCGAAGAAUCGGUUGAAGAAUUUGUACGGCGUAACCUUGGCGAUGAGGUUUUCGAACGUUUAAUCGAGCCAUUUUGUUCAGGCGUUUAUGCUGGGGAUCCCUCAAAGUUAAGCAUGAAAGCUGCCUUUGGAAAAGUUUGGAACCUUGAGCAAACAGGUGGUAGUAUCGUUGGCGGGGCUUUCAAGGCAAUCCAGGAGAGAAAUAAAAAUCCCAAGCCUCCUCAAGAAUCGCGAAUGCCAAAACCAAAGGGCCAAACAGUUGGAUCUUUUAGAAAGGGACUUGCCAUGUUACCUGAAGCACUUGCAAAAGGGCUGGGUAACAAAGUUAAACUGUCAUGGAAGCUUUCAAGUAUCAGCAAAUUGGAAACUGGAGGAUAUAGUUUGACCUAUGAAACACCUGACGGAUUGGUAGCUGUACAGAGCAAAUGUGUUGUACUGACUGUUCCAUCCCAUAUUGCAAGCAGUCUGUUGCAGCCACUUACGGUUGGUGCUUUUGAACUGAUUACUUAGUUGUGUGUUCAAUUUGUGCAAGUAGUUAGGCAUUCUCAAGGAGUGUGCUCUCUGAUGGUUUUCUGCAGAAAUACCGGUUGAGAACUGUGUUAGAAUUAUGCUCUGAACUAAUUGAUGUGAAAUGUAAAUGGAGGAGGAAGAAGAAAAAAUGAGUAAAAGAGAUACCAAAUAGGAGAAAUGGGACAACGGUUUAACCUCAAAUUGUCAUGUCCAACUUUUAGUUGGUUGUUUUAUCUUCUCCAUAGUACAUCCCAGUAGUUCAUUGUGGGUCAGUGCUGCAGCACUGUUGGAGAAUGCAGUCAUACCAGACCAUGUCACCUCCUUGAUCCAGAAUUGCUUGGUGUUUCCCUUCUGAAAACACCUUACAUUUUACUCCACAUGUUGAACAGAAGCUGUUCUCUCAACCAGGGCAGAAAAUGAGAGGUCCUGGGGAGACAAGGUUGAGUAGGUUAUCUGCCUUAGCUGAGAGAACACCUAUUGAAGAUAGUUUUAUUUAUAUUUAUUAGUAUUAUAUGUAUAUAAGAUGGAAAACCUCAAGCACUUCCGGACCAAUGAGGUGACUCGAUCUAUCGGAUGUGACCAGUUCUCCACUGGUGUCACGGUACUGACCAAUGGUGGAAUCAUUGGGAAGUACUAUGGAAAUGAUUAAACGACCCAGAAACAAUUGGAGGAGGUCAGGGUAGAUCUGAGGUGAAAACUUUCCUCCAGGUUCACCCGAUGUUAACUUCGGGUUCUUUUCUUGGCGAGUAGAUGUGAAAUCACAGAGCAUAAUUCUUAGAAAAUGUCAGGUCUCAAUGCAGUAAGCACACCCAAAAAUUAGUUGUAUAAGUACUGAUGGCUUGUACAGAAAUAGCUGACUGAAGCCUGUAUGCAUGAUUGAUGAAUCCCAAUGUAGUCACUGUGUGCAAACCUAUGUUUUGCAGGCUGUUGCUGCUGAAGAAUUGUCGAAAUUUUACUACCCACCUGUCGCUGCAGUAGCCAUUUCAUAUCCAAAAGCAGCAAUUCGGCAAGAGUGUUUAAUCGAGGGGGAGCUCAAGGGUUUCGGCCAGCUGCACCCACGUAGCCAAGGGGUGGAAACUCUCGGAACUAUCUACAGUUCAUCUCUCUUUCCUAAUAGGGUUCCACCAGGAAGAGUUUUGCUCUCAAACUACAUUGGAGGAGCUACUAACCCUGGAAUUUUAUCGAAGACGGAGAGCCAACUCGUAGAAGCAGUUGACCGUGAUUUAAGAAAGAUGCUCAUAAAGCCUGAUGCAAAGGAUCCGUUUAAAGUGGGCGUCAAGGUGUGGCCACAAGCCAUCCCACAGUUCCUGGUUGGUCAUUUUGAUAUCCUGGACAAGGCAAAAACUGCUCUCAAGGACACAGGCCUGAAAGGGUUGUUUCUGGGAGGAAACUAUGCCUCUGGUGUGGCUUUGGGGCGAUGUGUGGAAGCCGCUAACGAGGCUGCAGCUGAAGUAACAGACUUCCUCUCCCAGUAUGCUUACAAGUAAUGUCCAUGUCAGCCGCGGCUCAUUUCUGUGUCCUAAGUCAUAUAGAGGCAUCCCAUGCCCAAAUGCGCAGAGAUGGGAGGAGAGGUUUAGGUCGGACAAUUGGUUCUUUAUGUAGUCAUGUAGAGAAUUUCAGGAGCUAGUCCUGUAUUUUUUUCUUGUAGAGCUCUUUUCUUUGUCAACUGUAGUGAACACUAUUCAUGGCCUUCGGUGGGAUGGAAAAGUCCUGAGAGGCGGCUUCUGGUUUUUGCUCCGUAGGCGUAGUUCUGUAACUGGUAUUUACUCGAGGUAAAAGUCUUUAGAACAAGCAGUUGUUUUCAUGCAAACAAAGGGCCAUGAUUUUGGGGUACAUAACACUCCAGGUUCAGUGGCUGCCCUUGAAUUUAUGCAUGAGUUUCUUAUGAAACAACCAUGCCUAGGGAUAUUGAGUGAUCUUAAAUUUACAGCUGCAUCGGAGUUAAUAUAUAUUGUAUAAGAUAAUAAACUUAAGUAUUAUGUUUGACAAAAUGGAGGCAUAAUGUC